AUUUAUAUAUAAAAGGAGAGCAGCGUAGUAUCAGUUGCACAAUGUCGAGUAUUACAAUUAACAAUUGGUGCUUCACCUCUGUCUCCCCUGCUCAAUCUUCUUCCAGCGUAGCAACUAAACAGCAUUUCCGCCCAUCUGUCUCCGCCAGACUAUCUUCCUCCUCCUCUUCUUCUUCCAACUCCGUCCCCAGCCUCAUCAGGAACGAGCCUGUUUUCGCGGCCCCUGCUCCCCUCAUCACCCCCGUCUUGAGAGAAGAAAUGGGAACAGAGUAUGAAGAGGCCAUUGCUGGACUCAAGAAGCUGAUCAGUGAGAAAGGAGAGCUUGGACCGGUUGCAGCAGCGAAGGUUGGUCAGAUAACAGCUGAGCUCAAGACACCUGAUGGCGGCAAAGCGUUUGAUUCUGUUGAGAGGCUCAAAACUGGUUUCAUCAAGUUCAAGAAGGAGAAAUACGUGACAAACCCAGCUUUGUACGAAGAACUCUCCAAAGGCCAGAGCCCCAAGUUUAUGGUAUUUGCAUGCUCCGACUCCCGUGUGUGCCCCUCGCACGUACUGGAUUUCCAGCCCGGUGAAGCAUUCGUUGUCCGUAACGUAGCCAACAUGGUCCCUCCCUUUGACAAGGAGAAACAUACAGGAGUUGGCUCUGCUGUUGAGUAUGCAGUGUUGCAUCUCAAGGUUUCCGAAAUCGUGGUUAUUGGACACAGCGCUUGUGGUGGUAUCAAGGGGCUCAUGUCCUUCACAUUUGAGGGACCCAGAUCUACCGAUUUCAUUGAAGACUGGGUCAAGAUCGGACUGCCUGCCAAGGCCAAAGUCACAGCAGAGCACGGUGACAAACCUUUCGGAGAUCAGUGUGCAUGCUGUGAGAAGGAAGCUGUGAAUGUAUCACUCAGCAACCUCUUGUCAUACCCAUUUGUGAGAGAUGGUUUGGUGAACAAAACCUUGGCGCUAAAGGGUGCUCACUACGACUUCGUGAAUGGAUCUUUCGAGCUAUGGGGACUCGACUUCAGCCUCUCUCCCCCAUCCUCCGUAAAAGAUGUCGCCACAAUACUGCACUGGAAGCUCUAAGGACAUGCUUAGAGAAUAGAGAUCAUACCUUGGACUCUAUUGGGUCAGACUGAAACGAAUAACUUGUUGAGACCAUAGUCUUUCUAAGUGUAUCAUGUUGCUAUUUCAAAUAUAAGCCACUCACUUAGCUCUUUCUAAGGGUUAAUUUUGAUCAGAA